AUGGCGACCAUAACCACAACCACCACAUUACCCGCAGCCACCACCACCGCAAUAAACACCAUCCUCACACACAACACCACAUCCACAACACCCCAGCCCCCGCCGACCUACAAUUUCUCCUUCCUCCCCUUCCUGCGCACCCAAGGUCUCGCCUCCCUCGCCUCCACCACCCCCGUCUGCCCCGCCUGGCAGACCAAAGCCGGCUGCCCACUCGGCCGCAAAUGCCCCAACCGCCACCCGACACCCACGCAAUCCUUCACCUCCGGCUACCACCACUUCGGCCGCAACAACGACACCUACGUCUGCAAACACUGGCUCAAAGGCCUCUGCAAAAAGGGCGAUGCCUGCGACUACCUCCACGAGUACAACCUGCGCAAAAUGUCGGAAUGCCAGUUCUGGAACGUGCAUGGGUACUGUCAGAACGGUGACGAGUGUCUGUAUGUGCACGUCAAAGAGGGCAGUAAGUUGCCCAUGUGCGAGGACUACAACAAGGGGUUCUGUGCAGCGGGGCCGCGAUGCACGAAGCGGCAUGUCAGGCGGAAGUUGUGCGAGUUCUAUAUGGCGGGGUUCUGCCCGGAUGGCCCGGAGUGUAGGAACGGGGUGCACUUGAAGACCGGAGGGAAGAUUGGGGAGAGCGAGGAGGAGAGGAAGAGGAGUGAGAAGAAUAAGGAGUUGGAGAGGAGAGAGGAGGAGAGUAAGAAGGAGUUUGGGUGGCGGAGUAAGCAGAGAGGUGGGAGAAGUGGUGGGAGGUGGAGGGAGAAGGGCGGAAGGAACGAUCGGCGAAGAGAUGGUUGA